AUGCCUGGGCUCUCCAAGCUCAAGAAGCGUCUUGCUGCAAUCAAGGAGGAAUGGGGUCCCCUAAUGGCCGCCAAAGAGGAGGGUGAUGAGGAGUACAAUUUCCCGGCUGGAGGUGGGCCUAGGCCUGGUCAGAACAGUUCGAACCAAACGCCCUCACAGAAGGAGAAACAGCCCGAGUCUACCGAUUCGGAUGGGCGAACGAGUGAACGAGCGCGACGUAGCCCAGAUCUUGAUGCUAUAGCCGAAUAG